AUCCCCUUUAACUCUCGCAGCAACUAACUCCCGAUUACUUACCCUUCUUUCAUUCGUUCCCAAUCCUUAUGUUCGGCAUGGGAAGUCCAGUAUAUUGAUACCCCGGAUUUCCUUUUUUCCCGACAUCGCACCUCUUGUUGUGCUAUAUCGUAACCUCCGAUCUCUGUCGCCAACUCCUGUCUUAGAUAUUCCGUACUCGUCAUCCUCGUCAUCCAUCUCAGCCUCACCUACCACUUUCUUUGUAGACUAUCACGUCGCAAAAAGAGACAUGAUAUCUUCUUUACCAUAACACUAACUGCUUUUAAAAUGACUAUUUCUGACCAGGUUUACAAUGCUCGCAUCGUGUCGAGCGUUGCUGCGACCGUUAUCUCGCUGGCCUGCGGAACGAAUUAUGUCUAUUCAGCAUGGGCACCUCAAUUCGCGGAUAAAUUAUUAUUAUCCGCGACCGAGAGCAAUCUGAUCGGUCUCGCUGGUAAUCUGGGAAUGUAUUCGAUGGGUGUGCCCGUCGGAAUGUUCGUCGAUAGUAAGGGACCGCGGCCCGCUGUUAUCGUCGGAUCUAUCCUACUUGGGCUCGGCUAUUACCCGCUACACCAAGCAUACGAUGCCGGUCACGGGUCCGUUCCCUGGAUGUGUUUUGUGUCGUAUCUAACUGGUCUCGGCGGUUGUAUGGCAUUCGCCGCCGCCGUGAAGACGUCGGCUUUAAAUUGGCCACAUCACCGAGGCACCGCCACCGCCUUUCCGCUUGCCGCCUUUGGUCUCAGCGCAUUCUUUUUCUCCCUCAUAGGCUCCAUACUCUUCCCCGGUAGUCCAAGCAAAUUCUUGAUGUUACUCGCUUAUGGCACUUUCGGCCUAACCCUCGCUGGAUUUUUCUUCUUACGCGUACUCCCGCCCCACUCGCCUUAUCAUGCGGUGCCCGAUGCCGAGCCAGGUAUGGCAGACUCCCGGGAGUUGCGCCGUACCACAUCGCAGGAAUCCAAAGCCCGCGCUGGUCGUGGCAAUCCUUCUGAACCUGGUAUGUCGCAUAAUACUAUUGAAACCACCAUCACCAACAAGACCCAAGAAGCCUCUGGACAAGAGGACGGGGCGCACAGCAUCCGAGACUUCCCAGUCUCAAACCCAGUCCCAGACGCAGACCGCAAAGGAAUUGCUACCACCACCACCCAAGCGGUCGAUACCGAGGAAGCUGCGUCAGGCAACCAGGACGGUGCCGAUGAGACGUCAUCGCUUCUCUCCCAGUCUACUUUGUCCUCUUCCUUGCCAGGUGAAGUCUUAGUGCAGAGCAGUGUUGAUAUGGAUCGUUCUCACCGUGUAGAUAUCCGUGGCAUGAACCUCCUGAUGAAUAUUGAGUUCUGGCAAUUGUUUUCCAUCAUGGGCAUACUCUCCGGUAUCGGCCUCAUGACUAUUAAUAAUAUCGGAAACGAUGUUACGGCGCUCUGGAAGCAUUACGACGACUCUAUCGACGAUAAGACCCUCGUUCUCCGCCAACAGCUGCACGUCUCCAUCCUAUCCAUCGGCAGCUUCUCCGGUCGCCUCCUUAGCGGUGUCGGCUCCGACUUCCUCGUCAAGGUCCUCAAAUCGAGCCGCGUUUGGUGCCUAGUCGUCGCCUCGGGCAUCUUCUCGAUCGCCCAGGUAUGCGCCCUCAAUGUAACGAACCCGCACCUCCUUGGCUUCGUAUCCGGGUUUAGCGGUCUAGGUUAUGGGUUCCUGUUCGGCGUCUUUCCGUCCAUCGUCGCCGAAUCUUUCGGUAUUCAUGGCUUGAGCCAGAACUGGGGCUUCAUGACUCUGAGCCCCGUCAUCUCGAGUAAUGUGUUCAACCUAUUUUACGGUACGGUGUUUGACGCGCACUCUAUCAAAGAUAGAGACGGUGUGAGUUCGUGUACCGAGGGCCUGCAGUGCUAUUGGGCCGCCUACGUCGUCACUCUGGGCGCGUGCGGCUUAGGACUCGUCGUCACCCUAUGGGUUAUCUGGCACCAGUGGAAGAGCAGGCUCGCGGAGUCGGCUGGAAAGAACCGCGCGAGGGAGUAGUUUUAGGCAGAGAUCAGGAUUCCUACCUAUCUAAAGUUAAGCAGGCAGAUAAAGUAAAGGUGGAUGCGAAAGCGAUUUAAAUACAUAAUAUGUAUGUAGUAUGGGAUGUAUCAGGAAUCCGGACCCGGGGCUAGGCGGUAGAAAGAAACCCUACAUCGAAUAUGUAGGUGGGAUAUAGGGACGAUCUGGGAACACAUACACAUACAUAUAUACACGGUUCGAUACCUAGGUAGUAGCUUCAAUGUUUUUUUUUAGAGGGGGGGCCGGACGUGAACUAUAUCAUUAUCAUGGUUUAAACCCGUAUCCGAGCGGCGUUUUUGGUGGGGGUCGUGCGGUGCGGUAUAGAAUGGGAGUGGGGGGGAUACACACAUAGAUUGAGGUGGAAAUAGAUUUCCGUUUUUUUUUUA